AUGUCUCCGAAACGACUUUUUGCUCUCUCUCUAUCUAUCUAUCUAUCUAUCUAUCUAUCUAUCUAUCUUACUCAUUCCUUUCUCUUUUUGUCCCCUCCCUCUUUUUCUAAUUCCCACACAUUCCCCUCCAUCUCUCUUGGAGUUUCUCUUUUCUUCUCUCUUUUAUAUCUGUCUCUUUCCGAAUCUUUUUGUAUCUAUUUGUCUGUCUGUACUUUGUAUCUCUCUCACUCUCUGUUUCUGUCUGUCUGUCUGUCUCUCUCUCUCUCACCCCCUCUCUCUCUCACCCCUCUCUCUCUCUCUCUUUGUCUCAGUAUAUCUGUCUCCGAAUCUUUUUGUCUGUCUGCACUUUGUAUCUCUCUCUCUCUCUGUUUCUGUCUCUCUGUCUGUCUGUCUCUCUCUCCUCUCUCUCUUUGUCUCAGUAUAUCCGUCUCUGAGUCUUUUUGUCCGUCUGCACUUUGUAUCUCUCUCUCUCUCUCUCUCUUUCUGUCUGUCUGUUUGUCUGUCUCUCUCUCUCUCUUCUGUCUGUCUGUCUGUCUGUCUCUCUCUCUCCCCUCUCUCUCUUUGUCUCAGUAUAUCUGUCUCUCUCCGAAUCUUUUUGUGUCUAUUUGUCUCUCUGUACUUUGUAUCUCUCACACUCUGUUUCUGUCUGUCUGUCUGUCUGUCUGUCUGUCUGUCUCUCUCUCUCUCUCUCUCUCUCUGCCAUAUGCUACAUAG